AUGGGAGGGACGUCUACGAAGGAGUCACUUUUGUACUUCAUGGAUGUGGCGCGUGGUGUUUCCCCUCCGGAUGAGAAGGACUUUUCCAGCCACUUGGGACGCUGUAGGAAGGAGCUCUGUUCGGGUGCUGAACUCUACAGGACGUUAUUACCAAUUAUGCAGACCUUAAUGCCUGCCAAUGCCCAAGCAUCUCAGGUUCAGUGGGUUGUGAGGUUCUGCUUAAAACAAGUUGAACAUGCUUCCUGUAACUACAGUCAAGGCGUUAGUGACAUCUUUCUUACCACAGUACGUGCUGUGCAGUUUGUGGUGCGUCACGCAUGCGAAACUUCCCGUGGGGAUGCCUCCCGCUUGCUGUGGACAAUCGGUGAAGAUCUAGGGGAGAGUGUACAUGGUGCCUUGCGGGUCAGCACCACUGGUGAUAGUGACACUGUAUUCAUGAAUAGGUGGCUGUCCACCGGUAUAGGUAAGCUGUGUAUUGCGCUGGAAAAGUUUAUUGUUUUUGUGCCUUUGACGGUGUCGACAGUGGAGGCACAUGGUGAGGUCGUAAGCCUUCUUCUUUGCAUGUGCUCUACUGCACUUUAUCAUUCGACUGCGUGCGACACGAACUUUACAGACCCCUUUACAAGACUUAUUUUGGCGUCAGGCGACCUACAUGCGCUUGUGCUGGUGCUGCUGCAACGACUUAUGGACUGGGGUGAAGGUCGGCUCCCAAAGACACCAGUGUUAUACCGCUGUGCCCAGUAUUCGUCGUUGUGGACGCUUUACAAUAUGUUCGCUGGUGGGACUGAAAAUGAAUCUAUCACCUGCGGGAAUCACCUUGGGCGGCACUGCGCACAGCUGUUGUCCGUUCUUGUAUCGUAUGGGAAAGGCUACAGACCGAAUGAGGCACUACAUUACAUCGCAAGCUUAGGGGACUCCUCCCAGAUUCAGGUCAAGGCCCUGUUAGUAACGUUUAACCGUCACGUAUUGCGAUGCCCUGCCCUUUGCAUUUUGCUGUACACCCUACUUCACGAUAAUCCGACAUUUAUCCACACCGUCAUGACUGCCUACCCUGAUGAAUUUUUGGGGGUUAUUCAGGGAGUGCUUCGUCUGAGCUAUACGGCGUCAUCAGAGGCUUGGGCUUCCGGUUUUAAUUCAAGUGAUGAUGAUAUAGAUGGUGGCCAAUGCGCCAUUCCUAUCGUUGAAGAUGCGAUUACACCUGAAGCUGUUGCCAGUAUUGUGCGUAGGAUGACAGCAUUUUCUUACCCGUUUAUCAGCUUCAUGACGGGAACAUUGGUGCUCGUGUGUUCGCAAGAUCAAGUAAUUAACAAGCGUAUGAGUAAUACCAUAGCUGAGACCACAUUCAAGGUUGGCCGUCUGGUAGGUAGGUGCCCGGUGAUUGCCGUUUGCAUUGUGAUCAUCGUACACAGCAUUGCCAGAGCGCUAAACGACGGAAACGAAGCACUGGCGGCUGUUUUUAUUCCAUGUCUAGCGAACUUUGCCCCAUUCGUUCAUGAUAUUGACGUGUACACUUCUCAGCGUUUGGUCGGGUUGCUUUUGUUAACGUUGCGGAAGGUACAGCGGACUGCGGAACAUGCGCGCUCCGGGGCAGGAGAUUGUUUGGGCACGUUAGAAGGUACAACUCCGGCUGGGGGUUGCAGUAGCGCUGAUACAUCAAUUCAAAUGUUUCUUCGUCAACUUCUUGCAUUAACGGAGGCGGUUGGAGGGCUGUUGCAAGGUGAUUGCCGAAACAAUUAUUCCUUCAUAUACGAACUGGUCUACCAACGCUCUCACUUGGAGGAAGGGGCGAAAUUGCUGAGCACAGUUAGUUGUCAUAGCUCUGAAGCCCAAACGGCUCUCCAGUCACUUCUUAGCGUUGCGAAAUUCUACGAUGAAGAAAUAGCAAACUCUACCGCGACCGACUCGUACGGCGGCGCAUUGGCCGUCAUUCGGCAGGUGUCCCAAAACAAAGUUGUACCGACGGGGCCCUCGUCGCGGUUAUCCGUGCGAACGGGAACAUAUGCGGCAACCGCAAGCGCAGAUGUUGAAUACUGCACCUCCCUGGAGAUGGGCGAAAUUCCUUUUCUGUAUGAAGAGUCGACGUGCAGCUAUGAUUUCUUUGGGCCCUUCCUGUGGUCCACACUGUUGAGUGAUGCUGCGUAUCCAGGAGGCAUAUUGUGGGCGACGGAUCUGUCUACGUUGGGGAUAUUCCCUCACUAA